CGGGCAUUGGGCGCCAUUUUGAAAAGGGAAAAAAAUUCCCUCCCCGGCGGUGGCUACGGCGGGGGCGGCGGCGGCGGCGGCGGCGGCCGGGGCUGAGCGCUCCGGGGCGCCUCGGUCAGCCGCGCUCCGCUGGGCGCGUCCCGCCCGCACUAUGGCAGGAGCCGGAGGCGGCGGCUGUCUGGCAGGCGGCAACGACUUCCAGUGGUGCUUCUCUCAGGUGAAGGGCGCCGUGGACGAGGACGUGGCGGAAGCCGACAUCAUCUCAGCUGUUGAGUUUAACUGCUCUGGAGAUCUUCUUGCAACAGGAGACAAGGGUGGCAGAGUUGUUAUUUUUCAACGGGAACAAGAGAAUAAAGGCCGCCCUCAUUCUAGGGGAGAGUAUAAUGUUUACAGUACCUUUCAAAGUCAUGAACCAGAGUUUGACUAUUUGAAAAGUCUAGAAAUUGAAGAAAAAAUUAAUAAAAUCAGGUGGUUGCCGCAACAGAACGCUGCUCAUUUUCUACUCUCUACAAAUGAUAAAACGAUUAAAUUAUGGAAAAUAAGUGAACGAGACAGAAGAGCAGAAGGUUAUAACUUGAAAGAUGAAGACGGACGACUUCGAGACCCAUUUAGAGUCACAGCACUACGGGUUCCGAUAUUGAAGCCCAUGGACCUUAUGGUAGAAGCAAGCCCACGGCGAAUUUUUGCAAAUGCACACACGUAUCACGUAAAUUCCAUUUCAGUAAACAGUGACCAUGAAACCUACCUGUCCGCAGAUGACCUGAGAGUUAACCUGUGGCAUUUAGAGAUCACAGAUAGGAGCUUCAAUAUUGUAGACAUCAAGCCUGCUAACAUGGAGGAGCUGACAGAAGUCAUCACUGCCGCUGAGUUCCACCCACACCAGUGCAACGUGUUUGUCUAUAGCAGCAGCAAGGGGACCAUCCGGCUGUGUGACAUGCGCUCCUCUGCCCUGUGUGACAGGCAUUCUAAGUUCUUUGAAGAGCCUGAAGACCCCAGCAGUAGGUCCUUCUUCUCAGAAAUAAUCUCAUCCAUAUCUGAUGUCAAGUUCAGCCACAGUGGUCGCUACAUGAUGACCAGAGACUAUCUAUCGGUGAAGGUGUGGGACCUCAACAUGGAGGGCAGGCCUGUCGAGACACACCAGGUGCAUGAGUACCUGCGGAGCAAGCUCUGCUCCCUGUACGAAAAUGACUGCAUCUUUGACAAGUUCGAGUGCUGCUGGAAUGGUUCGGACAGUGCUAUUAUGACGGGGUCCUACAACAACUUCUUUAGAAUGUUUGAUAGAAACACUCGGAGGGAUGUUACACUGGAAGCCUCGAGAGAGAACAGCAAACCUAGAGCCAGCUUAAAGCCCCGGAAAGUGUGUACGGGGGGUAAGAGAAAGAAGGACGAGAUCAGCGUGGACAGUCUGGACUUCAAUAAGAAGAUCCUUCACACAGCCUGGCACCCCACAGAGAACAUCGUUGCUGUAGCCGCCACCAAUAACUUGUACAUCUUCCAGGACAAAGUUAACUAAGGAAGCUGACUGAAGGACCGAGUUGUCAUGCGUAGUUAAGCUGGUCAUUUUCUGUCAAAGAAAAGGCAUCGUCCUCCGCUAAGAGCUGACACACUUGCCACUUCCCUCCUAGCAGAGGAGAGCGGUGUCUCAGCGGGAGGCCUGUCUGCCUCUGCCUUCAGUCCGAGGAGAGGGAUACCACUGCUGCAGGGAAAACCCACCUGAAGCAGGAUUGGUGGACAUUGCUCAAAUAUAUUUAAGUCUGAGCCUUCCUUUCCAGGUUAUAGACCAAAAGACUAACACCUGAGAGAGAAGAUCUGGUCACAUCAGCUCUUCCCUUCUCUAUCACCCAUCCCUGGGCCUUUACCUGGACAUGAUUUGACCACCAUCCACGUUCCUCUCUGGCCUUGGAGCCCCAGUGGGCUGUGUCACUGCUGGUGUGUGGAUACGCCCGAGCGGGCUCAGGCAGCUUAAUUCACCCACUGUAUCUGCCAUCACACCUUCUGGUGGACCCACUUAAUAAAAACAGUACACUAUAGAGUGUUUUUAAACCAAACACCAGUAUUGUCUUUAUUUGUUUCAAUUGCACAUGAUGAAAUUGUUCAGAAUAUUGCUCUUUGGAACAAAUUGAGAAAUGUCUGUUCUUUGGCAGUGCUGGAAUUUGCACAAUACUUCAGAUUCUAAAUGUACUGUAUAAUGGAACUAUCUCAAAUUGCCACUCGGUUUCUGUAGAAAUUCCAUCUGCUCCACCAGGUAAGUUCUAGGGAAAGCCAUAACUGAGUCCUCCUCUGGGAAAGAAUGACAUGAAUAAGAGUUGCCGACACCAGUUUAAAGUAGGCCUCAGUCACUACAAUUAAUACAUUACUUUUAAAUCUUUUUUAAAAGUACUUUUGGGGAAAACAGUUUAAAUAUUGCUAGGACUAUUGACGUGUCAGAUUUCCUAGUGCAUCUCGACAACUGUAGUUGGGAUGUGAUGCCACCUGCACCCCAGGUUUAUUUUAAAACACACUGAAUAUCAGGAUUCGAGAUUUCCCAGCAAAUGCCAAGUGUGCUGUGCCAGCACUGAUGACCAAAGGUUGCUUCAUGGCAUUGGACCCAUGAGCUGGCCACUCCAGAGGGACAGAGAACCCGGCCUGCAUCUGCUGAUGACCAGGUGCACUGAUGUCUGCUGAGGAUGGCGAGCUUGUCAUCUCUGGAAUCAGAGUUAGCAGAAGGCCACUCACUUCUGUUCACACUGGAUCUUGACUGUAUUUUCCAGUGUCUGAGAUCUGGAACCUAAGAAACAGUUCUAAUAAAACAGGGUUGUUCAUAUUCCAACUAUUUUUCCAAAAAGUUUAAUAACUGGAUUUAUACUAUACUUAAUACAGUAAAAAGAGCCGGCCUUCUACCCAGAGGCAGAGCAGCUGUGUGUAUGUAGCUUGUCCUGUGAGCUCAGCACACACACCCUGCAAAGUUCAAGUAAAUGUUGUCUCCCUCCCAGGCAGGGCUGAGCCUACGUGGUUCCUUCCAGGGAAUCCAGGACUGCCCUAGUGUCUAGAUUCCCUGCAGUACUGUUGUGAAGACCUUAGGUGUUUUUUAUGGCAGUUAUAUGCGUUGGCAACAAGGACUCACUGAGAGGCAGCCACUGUCUGAAGGCUGGUAUGUAGUCCAAGACAAGAUUCUCAACUGUGUAGCUCAGGCUGGUCCCAAACUUGAGAAGCUCCUGCUUCAGCCUCCAGUGUUGGAAUUACAAGCAUGGUUCACCCAGCCCCUCUCUAUAUCAAGUUCUGUUUUCAGAUUUUUUUGUCCUACUAAGCUAAGAAUCCUGUAAGUUUUCAAACUUGCAUUGGUCUUGUUUAUAUUUAAAUUGGAAUACCUACCAUUUUUCUUUCUCUAGAACUGUUUUUGUUUAGACACCUGUUUCUGAAAGUUCUGUCAGUGUUUUAUCGCUGUUGAGCUCUGUGCUUCUGGGCCAAGGACCUGGAUGAGAUGAAUAAGCUUUAUUCACAUGUGGAUUCUUUCUGGAGGGAAGGACAGCCUCUCACUGUGUGGUACUGGGACUCAUCACUGUGUAGACCAGACUGAUCUCAAACUGCAGUGAUCCUGCUGCCUCUCUCUGCCUACCAAAUGCACCACCAUGCUUUGGCACACAUGUGGAUUUAAGCCUGCAUUUUUGUCCACACACAUGUAAUCCCAGUAUUUGGGAGGAGAGUUAUCCUCAUCUAUGAACUGAAUAGGAAAGCCUUGGCUACAUGAGGCCUUUAAAAGUCUUUAAAAUAUUUUUAAACUUGAGCUGCUGUGAGCCAGUUAUGCUGUUGCAUAACACUGGUAGUUGGCAUUCAUUAGCUGCAGCAGAGCAGAUGCCAAGUGGAGAGUACUCCCUGUGUAGAGCUAAGUAGCGCAGCUGGCUUCUCACCAGGUGCCGCAUGCCACCCAUUAGCUGAAUGACUGGAGUGGGAGCUAGGCUCCCAGACAUGCCCAGGGGAUACUUCUAAGGUGCUUUCUUAGGAAGCUGUCUUUAAGGGGUGAGAGAGAGACAUCAAGAUUAGUACUUGGGUUUCUUGUAUCUCUGUGGACCAGUUGCUUCGAGGUCACCAGAGGAUUGGAUGGGAAAGAGGUCAGAGUUGGUAGGAGUCCAGAUUGCGCAUGGCCCUGGUGGGCAGUCUUCCGAUCUGUUGUCUGUGAAGGAGUGGUGGUGCCUUGUGUGUGCUUGGCACUAUUCACUGCCUCUCCUGUUAGGUCUCAUCCCAACUGCCAUGCCUGGGAAGUCUGAGGAGUCAAAGUUCUUGUAUGGGCUAAUGUAACAGCUAGCCAGUCCUCGGGCACUGCAGAUGGACAAAGUGCCCAAGGGGCCCUGCACACCAGCCAUGGGCAUAAGAGUCCACAGGUCUCAUUAGGAGGCCUUGCUAGCCCCAGACUGCUUGCCUGUUCUUAACCGUUGUGUGGGAGUGCACUGGUGCCUGCUGAGGUGGUAUUGGGCAGAAUGCCACUGUGGCUGGGCGCUGGCCAAAAGAUGUAACAGCAGCAGUUCUACUCUGCAGAGCCAUCUGGCCAGGCCACAACGGGGCUUGACUGGUGUGGAUAGCAGGGUCUUCCAGAGCAUGUAGGUGUCCCCUGACCCCCUGCGGCCACAAGGCCCUUCCACUAAGUGCUGGCGAGGCAUGGAGAGUACCUACAGGACCCAGGUGCCUUGGACCUUGAUCAAAAUUUCAGGAACCUUCUAACCUUGUCAAGAAGGGAGAAGGCCAGCUCCCGGCUUACUUAGGGCUAAGAGACUGUGGCCAUCUGCACAAGGCAGAUGGUGGUGCUGUCAUGCGGGGCAGAACACCAGGAGUGGAACUUGCAUGUGCAGGACCUUCAGUUGUGGUGUUCUGGUGGAAUUGAAGCUAGGGCCACAUGCACACCAGGUAAGUGCUGUACCACUAAGCUACACGCCCAGCACCCAGCCCUUGGCUUUUCCUGUAUCUCACUGUAUCCUGGCUGGCCUGCAACUCACAGAGAUCCACUAGCCUCUGCCUAUGUGCUGGGAUUAAAGGUGUGCCACCAGCUCACAUCCUACCUGUAGUUCUGAACAAACUCACACCCAUUCUACUCUGAGGACCAGUAAGAUUUUAGAGGCAGAGCAGCAAGGUAAUAUAGCCAGAAGGUGACCCUGUCCCCGAGAGCCUCACACGCCAGGAACUCUGCUCAAAGUCCUGCACGUGGUUUUGUGUAAAUUCUUUCGAGUAAGAGAUUUUAAUACUUUUUUGGUUGGUUGGUUUUGAGACAGGGUCUCCCUCCCUGGAACUUGCUAUGUAGGUCAGGCUGGCCUGGAUCUCAAAGAUUAAAGGUGUGUGCCACCACACCAGGCUGAUUUUAAGUUUAAAAAUGGAAACCAGUACCUAAAAUUCACUCACUUCGGGGAUCUCUGUGAGUUGGAGGCCACCCUGGUCUACACAGUGAGUUUCAGGCCAGCCACAGCUAUGUAGACUAGUCAGACACUCAAAAGAAAGAAAGGAAAUAAACGAAAUCUACCCACAGGGGCUCACAGCAGACAGGAGUCCUCAGUGGCAAAAUGGUGAAAAGUCAUGAAGGAAAGUGUUCUGGUGGAAGACAAGGUCUUGCAGUGCAAAAGCACUGUUGCACGGAAAGCUCUUCAAUUCCGUGGUGUUUUGAGACACUAAGAAUAAGUGAAGCGGGACAGGUGCAAUCUGCAGCUGGUAGGUAACUGAAGGUAGCACAUUCAGUUUUCAUUUUAGUUUGAAAACUUUGGUUUUCAUGUUUCAAAGCUUGUGGUCUCGGACUUUGAGACAUAUCACUGGGUUUUGCAUAUCUUUCAGGUGCAGGGUGCGCAGGCACAGGACUCUCCCCUGCCACUGAGACCUGGCACUUGCUGGAGAGCAUUGCACAGAUGGUGGCCCCAGCCGUAACAGUGCCAGGAGUGCAGCCAAGACCACAAGGUCUGGUAUUGUCUGACCAGAAGUGCCAUUUUCUUGGCUUAGCCAAUGUCUGAUUGAUAUUGGUAUCUGAUUUAUCAUCAGUAAUACUUAUUUUCAGAGGGUUGGAUGUGGUGAACAGCAUAACUCCAUGAGUCUCUGACUCUUAUGAUCCCUCUGCACGGCGCAUGCGCACAGACACACGCUUUUUUUUUUUUUAAAAAAAACAGGGUCUCCCUGUAGCCCCAGCUGGGCUGGAACAAUGUAGACCAGGCUGGCCUCAAUCUCACAAAAAUUUGCCUGGAUCUCUCAGAGACUCCCUCUGCCUGUACCUCCCGAGUGCUGGGAUUAAAGGCAUGCACUACCACACCUGAUUUACCUCGCCCCACCCCCACCAACCCCCCUUUUUUUUUUUUAACUUUUUGAGAUGGAGUCUCUAUUCCUGGGUCAGUUUUGUACUCGGGGUAUAGCCCGAAGAUGAUCUUGAACUUCUGAUCUUCCUGUCCCUUCCUCCUGAGUGGUAGGAUUAUAGGUAUGUGCCAUCACACUAUUUGAUGCUGGGGCUCAAACCCAGGGCUUAAUAUAUGCUAGGCAAGCACUGUACCAGCUGAACUACAUCCUUUUAUCUUUUAGAGACAUGACCUUGCUGUGUAUCCCAAGCUGGCUUGAUCUUGAUAAAUAGCCCACCCGCACCAGCCUUGAACUUGUGAUUUCUGCCUCCACAUCCCAAGUACUGAGAUUACAGGCGUGCACCAGCAGUGCCCAACUUAAAAAUGUUUUUUUCUUAAGGAAGUUCUGAAUUGUUAACACUGUACAGACUUCAGAAAUCCUCAGAGGAUUUGGGGCAGUGUCUUACUCCUACCUCUGACCUUGUGGGAACUUGCUUCUCAGGUAUGUUUUUCUUUUUCAGACAAACCCAGAAGGGUGGCAUGUUGUGUCCACUCCCACUCUCCUCACUUCACAGAACACGUCAACCUUCUCCACAGCAGCCCGUGCAGAGCUCCUGUGGCUACCAGGCAAAGCAUCACUUGGCAUGUUGGAUGCAGCUUUGAUCUGAGGGCACGUGCUCCACAAUCUCUCUCCAGUAAGGUCCCCGGCAAUGCUGAGGCUGCUGGCCCAGGACCACUGAGUAAAAGGUACCACUCGUUUUCUUUUCACUCAUACUUCAGCUUCUGAUGUCAGUGCAGACCCUGCUCCCCACAGCUUUGGGCCCUCUGGUUCUUCCGUUGUCUCUAGUCUCCUCAGCUUACAUGAUCUUGACAAUUUUGAAGAAAGUAUGGGCAGUUGAUUCAUAGACUCCCCUCCAAUUCAGGCUUGCCGGGCAUCGCCUAAUUAUUAAAUUGCAAUGAUGUACUUUGCCAAAAGUGUACAGAAGACCUGGUGUGGCCUGUGUGAAACCAGCGGCAGACAGACGGCACCCGCCGUGUUUCUUCAGGAUAAAGCUAUCUUGUUUCCUCAGUGGACGUCUCAUGGGGAAACAAUGAGAACAUCUUUUUUUUUUAUUGCAUUUUAUUUGAGGGUUGGGGGUGCGUGCGUGGUCAGAAGACAACUUGUGGGCACCAGUUCUCUCCCUCCACUCUACGGGACCUGGGGACAGAACUCAGAUCAGUCUCGGGAGCAGGUACCUUUAAUCGUUAAGCCAGCUCACCGGUCCAGAACAUCUUUUUUCAUUACUUUCAUUUCUACUGGUAAGUCAGCGGUGCUGUGGUCUGCCCAACAGCGACUCCAUUUCCAUCACUCCUUCCUCCUCUACGAACUGAAAUCCUACUGUUAAGAAUGCUCUCUGGCCAAACAUGUAUAGACUGAAGGGCACCUGUUUUAUUUUGUGGGCAGAAAAGCACUGUGAUGCAGCUCACUGCCUUUUUGGGCAACGAAACCCUUCAGGAUGCACAGGUAACUUCCUGCACCCUCAGUGGACCACCCAGACCACCCUCUGCUGUUGGAUCACUACUACUUGGCUACUCUGAGUAGAGCUAGAUAUUAAAGUUCAUCUGCUCUCAAAUGUCUAGUUCCGACCUCCACCCGACUUCCUCUGGCGUUUCCCAGUCUGCUCAUUUUAUUCUUAAGAGCAGGCUUUUAUUACACUUACACUUUUUUGCAGACCAGGUAUAGAGGCACACUUUUAAUCUCAACACUUGAGGCAAAGGCAGAAGGAUCUCCCAGCUUGGUCUAUGUAAUGAGCUCCAGGCCAACUGGGACCACAGGGAGACCAUCUUUAAAAAAAUACCUUUUGCUGGGCAUGGUGGCACAAGCCUUUAAUCCUACCAUUCGGGAAGCAGAAGCAGGAGGAUCUCUGUGAGGUCAAGGCCAGCCUGGUCUACAUAGUGAGUUCUAAGCCAGCUGGGGAUGCAGGGAGACCCUGUCUCAAAAAGAAAAAAAAAAAAACUGAAAAACUUUUACUUGGUAUUAGUAUAGGCAAUCUAAUUCAUAGUCCACACCCUUAUCAAAAAAUAAAAAAAUAACCUUAUGACACCAAGAAAAUAUCUGGUUAUUCCUUCCUUAUAGGAUCUAGUCCAAAUGUUGCUUAUGGGCUAGUGCAUUCCUACCCAGACCCUCCAGGGUGCUUUCCCUUGGUUGUGCUCAGUUUUACUUGAUUCUGCAGCAUGUAAAGCAUUACCGUCAUUCUGAGGGUCUGCUUAGCCCUCCCCCACCCCCCACUUCCCACUCCCCUGUGCCUAUCACGUCAUCUCUGGCUUUUCACCUCACAUAUUGGCCUAAAUAAGGAAAUGAGCUGCAUUUUCUUCAGCCCUGUCCUCAUGAAGGGUGCGAGUCAGGCUGCGGGUCUGGCUCCAGGGCACUUCACAGAUCUUCAGGAUGAGGCUUCCCAGCUGCAGGUGUGUUCCAGUCAGCCUCUCUACUGAGCAGUGGGGCUUCCCAACAAGGAGUCUAGAUGGGCCCUUGCCAUACUGACCAACCCACCAGAAACCAGGGGGUGAGAGAGCCACGUUAAAUAAAACUGCCUCGAACAUCCAUGUUCAAACCUUAAAUUUACCCUUUUGGCAGCCGUGUAUUUUCCUGCUUGCGCAUUUUACUUGCUAUAUCCUGGGAAUGUUCCUGUUUAGCAGACACUCGUCUAUAGCUUCCUGAGCCAUCUCUUCCAACAGGUUCUUCAGUGGUCUUAAAUAUUUUGUUUACUGAAUAUAGUCAUAGUCUUGUGCAUCUAUACACAAACACACACACACAAUUUUUAUUGAGAUAGGCCCUUUGCAGCACAAGCUGAUUUCAAACCUGUGGUAAUCCUGUCCUGCCUCAGCCUCCCAAAUUCUGGGAUUGAAGACAUGAGCCACCACACCCAGCUUAUUUUGAAAAUGGGUAUUUUGCCUGCAGAUAUAUAAGUGCACCAUGUGUACAGUGUCUACAGAGGUCAGAAAUGGUGUCAGACCCCAGAAACUAGAGUUACGAGCUGCUGUUAACCAUCAUGUGGGAGCUAGAAUGCAAACCCAGGUGCUUUUAACCAAUGAGCCAUUUUCCAGCUCCUGUUUUGAAAUUCUUGGUCUUGGGGUAAUGGGCCUGACAUUUCAAAAGGAAAUGUCGCCGUUUUGAAGGUGGCGUCCCCAGCCCCCCCACUUUGGAACCUCCAGCACUUCUCAGUCACACUCGGCAGUGUAUACGCUUAGACCGUCACAUUCUGCAGUAUGUACGCUCAGUGAGGGUAGUAAAAAAUCUGCAUCAGGAAACUGUAUUCACUAGUUGCCGAAGGACAGUUUUUCUCAAGUAAAAAUUAUUAAUUAUGCUACUUUUCAAAUUUGCUACUUAAAAUAAGUAACAGUGGGGCCAGAAAGAUGUCACAGCAGUUAACAGCACUGCUGCUCUUGCAGAGAACCUGGGUUUGUUUCUAUGCCUACACAGCAGCUAACAACCAUCCAAAACUCCAAUUCCAGGGGAUCUUGCACCCUCUUCUGGCUUCCUUGGGUAUUGCACAACAUGGGUACAUUUAACACACACUGUAUGACAUGGGUACACUUAACACACAUGUCCUAGCAAAAAAUUCAUCUUCCAUCUCCCUGAAGCAGCUAUGCCACCGCAGAUCACUUGCAGCUGGUUCUGGAAUGCAGCUGGUGCCACCCGUGGGGAGAGACAACCGACCAGCUCUGUCUAGGGCCCCAACUGCCCAAUGGUGGGUGGGAGUUUUGCUGAGCAGCUGCUUGUUCCAUAACCUCAAAAGGGCCACCACCAGGGCACUUAGGACAGGCAGAUGUGCUGAUCUAAGACAGGUGUGUCUGCUCUAAUAAGAAGACAUUCACCUGUGGCUUUGGACUCUGUUCUUUUGGAGAAUGAAUUAUAAGAAAUUUUGGUACCAUUCCACAAUCUGUCUCUAAAUGGAAGAGCUAUACAAGCAUCUGUUUCCAAGGUAACCAUUUAAAUAUAAACAGAUUAUUAACCCUUAAGAUGUUACCUUUAUUUUAACACACCUAAGUGUGUAAGAUAAUGAAACAAAUUCAACAGGAUAUACACAGCACAUCAAAGAGGCAGCCUUUAAAAACAUCACUCAUAGGAAAGAGUAAGCCCCUGGAGAAGGCUUAGUUUCAUAGAAGUUUGGGGUAUUUGGUCUUAACCCAUAGGCAAGUUCAGUAACUCUGAAGGAGUUGGCGAAGAUUUAUUUCCUAUUUCCAGUCAUUUAAAGCAAAUGUGUUUACAAUGCAGCUGACCUUAAGAGCACACAAGAGUCCAAUCCAGCAGAGUGAUGAAGAGCGGCAGAUACUGGGUGCCGGCAGCAGACCUGGCCGCAAGGUGACAGCUGACAGCCAAGCUGGAGUCCUCAUCC